AUGGGUGCGGCCCAAUCUACGUUCGUGAAGUUCAACCCCGAGCACGCCCACAUCAAGGUUGACGAAGGCCCCUGCUUUAUCUCUGAUCUUCUUCCUGUGGUGGAGAUACACGGGAAAGGCAAAAAGUUCAAGGAAUUUUUCCGCAUAGUCGACAAUGUUACCAAAGACGAUCAGGACGCAAUUCGCAAGUCUAUGGAAGAGGAUCCUACUUCCAUAGCGAAGCUGCCACCUUCCGUUCAGCCCGGUGAUGCUCUAGGUGAGUCGUGCCACUACCGGAUUGUGUUGGAUAGUCGUCGCAACAAGGUGCUCGUGUUCUUCCACUCCACUGCAGCUUUGCCAUGGGGAGUCUGGGGAGUCGUACGGGUUUUCUGUAAGGACAAGGUGCAUGUGCUCAACUACAAGGUAGCCAGUAACUCCGACCACGUCAAGUGUGCCUUCUUGGUCAUGCUCUCGAAGAUCCCUGGAGAUCAAUGGUUGACCCAGUUGCUUGGCAAUAAGGUAGUUCGCCGCAGCAGGGCGUCCUCAGAGAAAGAGUCCUCGUGGGAUCCAUCUCCUGACGACCUUCGUACGGGUAUAGAGUACAUCAAUACAUGCCCCGCUAAUUCUGGAAAUUGCCAAGCGGAGCCAGAGUUCUUUUUUCCGCUCUUAUUCGGUGACUUGCGCAAGGCCUUUGUGGAUAAGAUCGUACCUCUUGUUGUGCCCCGCAUGACCAGUCACGGCUUGAUCCUCCUCGGCAAGCCUGGUAUCGGUGAGACGCCCCUCGCCAUUGUUCUCGCACUUGCAGUGUCCAGACACUUGGUGGUAGCCCGGGGUCUACAGGGAGUCAUGAUUGGACGGCGGCGCCCCAAACAAAUUGAUGGUUUCCGUGAGAGACCCUGUGAGGUGCAGGUGCCCGUGCUCUUGGACGAUCCUUUGCUUGUUGAGGACAUUAAAUCCUUCCUGACGUUGCCGAGACGGGCCUUGUCGACGCUAGGUACCGCGCUGCCAGGUUUGUUCGCAAUCAGGUUCGCAUUCUUCUUAACAGUGAAUGGUGUCACGACAAGGAGCCCGACCUUCCUUAUUAUGACCACAUUGGCUAAUAAGUUCUUUGCAGCCAAAACACUUCUCCCGAACCAGAAGCCCCGCGCGCACUUCAAGCCUGAUUUCUCUAACUUCGAUUGGUUGCAAGAGAAGAACAAGCCCUACUACGGCAUGUACAAGGAUGGUAUGUUUGUGAAGUAUCUAGGGUAUGAAGAUGCUCUGGAGAAGGAAGCGGAAGCCACGCUCCUCUCGGAUCUUCUUGCUUUCCCUGAAGAGAAAGAGUACAUGUGCCGGGGUGCCACCUAUACGACAAUUGGGCAGCAGAUUACGGCAACACCCAUGAGCCCCAUUGUACCCAGGACAUCGUCUCCGGAUGCCACUCAGGUUGCUCCAGAGAAUGACCUUCAUGCUGAUGAAGAGGAGCCACUGGUCUUCCGCACCCAUCUUUGCCAGUGUACGUGUGGUGGUAGUCUUUCGCAGUCCCAUGAUGUUCCAGCAACCCUCUACUCCAUGGACGGCAAGGACAGUGUCCGCGUGGUGACAAUGCGGUGCACCACCUACUCCUGUCGCGCAACCUUUGGUCCUAACUUCCGCUACGACGCCUCCAACAAGAUCAACACGGCCCAGCCGGCAGACGUCAUAAAAGCAGGGGCCCUCUUUGUCAACAACAAGGUCGGGUUCAGCGUAUCCUGCUUGGAAUACCACUCCCACCUCGAGUUUCGAUCCUUUGUUGCUGCCAUGGCAGUACAGGAUGUGUGCACGUGGCCGGCGCAAAUGCCAAGCGCCAUGCUGGCAAACCUCGUCCAGAUCGGCUGCCCAAGACUUACAGCCGCGGACCGCGGAUGGUUCAUGGUGGUGAGUGAUCCCACCGACCAGAGGAUCUUGUGGGCAAAGCCCAUGUAUGAGCCUGAGGGCAACGCAGUGCUGGAGGAGGCCAUCAGCGAGAUCCUUCCUUCGUACAAGAACCUCGAUGGUGUGUUGGUGGAUCGGGCGGUUGAGAACAAGGCAACCGGGUACUUACGGAAUAGAAAGAUGAUCUCCAAGCCGCGCAGCUGUAACAAGAAGGCUGAUAGCA